UUUCCUGUAUAUUUUUCAUUGAGUAUGUUUAUAAUUUUGCAAACUCAAAAUGAUUUAGUGUCAGGAACUUUGAUUCUUGCAUUUUGGUGAUGUUUAUGUAAAUAUAUUGUGCAAAUACAUUAUUUAGCCUAUAUUGACAUCUUGAUUAAAUAACUUCGGAGGGUGACUCUUCUUCUACUACAUUACUAUGUAAAGGGCAGGUUAAGGACUGAUCAUAUAAGACUGGGUGCAUGGAGUAGCUCACAAUUUGCUCUCUUCACCCCUCCCUUCUCUUUCUUGUUCAUAUCCUCAAGCAGGGAAGAUGCUUCUAAAGCUGCUGUUCUGUGUGGACACUGUGUCUUUUCAGGACGUUCUCCUAAAUCUUGUGUAUUCUCUUAGUUGUAACCAGUAAGUGUCCAUGCCAGAAGACUGCUAUUGAGCUGGAAUCUUCUGUCCGCAGCACUUGGAUUAAGCCCCUUCACAGCCGUUUACAUUCAGCUUUGCCCUUCAGCUCCAGAGAAAUACUAUUUAAAAGCAUGGAAGUGGACUAGCACAGAGACUUUGGGAGUUCAAUGCUCAUUGCACAUAGUGAGAGAACAGGUGGCUGUUGUCCCAAAGGAUGAAAUUCUUCAGGAGCUUCCGGACAGAAAGCAGCUGGAGAAUAAUGGCUAUGGUGAGAUCCUCACUCCAGAAAGUGAUGCUCUUUCUGCACAGAGUGCAAACCGUGACUUUCACAUCACCAGGAUAUCAGAAACUGUGCAAGGAUAUACAGCCAGAGAUCGAAACCAAUUGUGGUUCCUCCAGAAGGAGAUCCAGGGACCAGUCACAGGGUUUCCAAGGAAUUAGCCCUGAUGAAAAUAACUACACUCAUGGAAAUUCUAUCAUUCCUAACAGGGACUGUGUGGAGCUUCACAGUGAGAGUGGAGCAAAACUGAUGACUCUACAGGAGGAACUUUGGUUCUGGGCAAAGCUUAAAGAUGAAGAACUGACCAGGCAGUGUACCACUGGAGAUGAUAUUAAUAAUCUACCGCAGCAGCAAGACUACUGUAUGACUGUGCAGAGGCAGUUCAGCCCUCGAAGGCAGGAUUCUGAGUGCCCUCUGAAGCAGGUGUAUCUGUUGCCUCUGCAGCAUGUGGACACUGUGAGUGAAAGCAACGUGAAAGAAUCAGCAGAGUUUGCUCUGCGGGAGAGGAGCAUGUGGCUGGCUCAGGCUGUGCUGGAUGAAGCCAUGGAAGUCCAGCAUCACUGGGAUCGGUUCUGCUUUAGCACAGCCAGUUGGCAGCAGCAGGUCAGCUGGGUACUGAGAAAACUGCAGGACCUCCAGGAUGCCAUGCAUCAGCUAGACUUGGGCUUGGCAGAGAUGGAGAAUAAAUGGGAGGGAUGGUGCUCAGAAGGACAAACUCUGGUCGGCUAUAUGCUGGAUGGUUUUGAGGAGAGUGCAUCAGCGAUGAAUCAGCACAGACAGUUUGUAGAUGCUCAAGUUGAUAGCAGACUGUUGUCUCAAGACUUCUUAUCUGUGUCUGUUCAGUACCCAUGGCAGAGGGCAAUAUUUCAUAACAGUGUUCCAUAUUACAUCAAUCAUCAAAUGCAAACUACGUCAUGGGAUCAUCCAAUGAUGACUCAGCUAUUUCAGUCAAUGACUGAGCUCCAACAUGUACGAUUUUCAGCCUACCGCACAGCUUUGAAGAGCCGCAGAGUUCAGAAAGCCUUGUGCUUGGACCUGUUGGAUUUGGCCAUGGCUCAUGGUGUCUUUGAACAACAUCAGCUGACUGAUAAUGAGCAAGUUUUGGAGGUUCCAGCCAUCAUUACCUGUCUAUUCACAAUAUACACUGAACUUCAGCAGGUGUAUCCAGAUAUCAUUGAUAUCCCCCUGUGUGUGGACCUGUGUCUUAACUGGCUUCUAAAUGUUUAUGACCGGGAUCGAAGUGGGAAAGUUCAAAUUCUGUCCAUGAAGAUUGGGCUUCUUUCUCUUUCAAAAGGACACCUUGGAGAGAAGUAUAAAUAUCUGUUCACUCAGGUGGCCAGCUCUGCAGGAGUGUGUAACCCAAAACAGCUGGCACUGCUGCUACACACCACUAUCCAGAUACCAUACCAGCUGGGUGAGGCUGCUGCUUUUGGAGGGAGUAAUGUGGAACCAAGUAUCCACAGUUGCUUUCAGCAUGUGGGUGACAAAGACACAGUUGAGCUGGAGGAGUUUGUGGAGUGGAUGCAUCUGGAGCCUCAGUCCAUGGUCUGGCUGCCGGUGCUGCACAGAUUGGCUGCAGCGGAGACUGCCAAGCACAAGGCCAAGUGUAAUAUCUGCAAAGAGUGCCCCAUGGUGGGCUUUAGGUAUCGCAGUCUGAAGCGUUUCAACUAUGAUGUGUGUCAAAGAUGUUUUUUCACUGGAAGAACUACCAGAAGUCACAAAUUAACCUAUCCUAUGGUGGAAUACUGCACCCCUACCACCUCUGGGGAAGAUGUGCGUGAUUUCACCAAGGUGCUGAAAAACAAGUUUCGCUCUAAGAAAUACUUCAGUAAACACCCACGUCUUGGAUACCUGCCGGUCCAGACCAUUGAUCAGACGAGUGAAGAAUACACAUGCAGCCAAAUGUCCCUGCAGUCCCCUCAGAGAACACCGUGUGUGCAGCAGGACAUGGAUAUAUGCGGGAUCAGGAACACACCAGACAGAUAACUUUUCAGGAAGAUGUGACAAGCAAGUACCCUGUCACUGCAUUUAUUUGACUACAAAAUAAUGCUGGCACCCGACGACUUCAAGAAUCUUGAAUCUGUAAAUAUUAUUUACAGCAUUAGGAUAUAUCCAGCUCCAGAUUUGGCAUCCGAUGAUGAUUUCGGAUGUGACUUUGAGGUAAAGAUACACGGCAGAUCCUUCUGAACAAAGCCGAAUAAACUCUAGACCUUUUCUUUUGUCUGUUUAGAUUCUGUGAUGUUGUCUGUGUUCAUGCUGCCUCUUUAUGUGCAUGAACUCUUAUUAUGAUGUCAAACAUCUCACCAAAACAUUUUGAUGUAUAUCCUGUUCCAGUGGGUUUUAAUUUUUAUUUUAUUCAGUUUCAGUCUGUUAGUAAUGCAUUUUGAAUUUGUUGAUUUAAUUUGUUAUAGUAAUGCAGAUUUAAGUAUUAGUGACUAGGAUGUUACUCUGAAUGUGAUCUACAAUAAACACAUUGUGUCUUUUAAACCCUAUUCUACCUGUCCAGCUGACUGGAGCUUAGAUGUUGUGAUUUGUUUGCUUUUAGCAAGAGUCCGCUUACUAAUGUUUGUAUUUGACAGCACAACAUAACACAAUCACUGUACACACACACACACACACACACACACACACACACACAC